CGAACACAGGUUCUUAUGGCCUCCCCGCGCCUCGGGACUUUUUGCUGCCCCACGCGGGACGCCGCCACGCAGCUCAUGCUGAGCUUCCAGCCGCGGGCGUUCCACGCGCUGUGCCUGGGCAGCGGGGCGCUCCGCCUGGUGCUCGGCCUCCUGCAGCUGCUGCCGGGGCCUCGGCGCGCAGGCUCCGCGGCGCCCUUGGCCUCCCCGCCCGCUUCGGCCCGCGCCCCGGCGUCCACCCGGAUCCUGCGCGUCGCCAUCGCCUGCGACGUGCUCGGCUGCCUGGGUAUCGUGGUGCGGGCUGCCGUGUGGUUAGGGUUCCCCGACUUCGUGGGAAACAUCUCCAGAGAAAACGGAAACGGGACGGACAUUUGGCCAGCCGUCUUCUGCGUGGGGAGCGCGGUGUGGAUCCAGGUGCUCUACAGCGCCUGCUUCUGGUGGCUGUUCUGCUACGCGGUGGACGCCUAUCUGGUGAUCCGGAGGUCGUCGGGGCUGAGCAUCUUGGUGCUGUACCACAUCCUGGCCUGGGGGCUGGCCGCCCUGCUCUGCGCCGAGGGGCUGCUCGUGCUGUACCACCCGUCCCUGUCCAGGUGCGAGCGGGGCCUGGAGCACGCCGUCCCGCACUACGUCACCACGUACCUGCCGCUGCUGCUCGUCCUGGUGGCCAACCCCAUCCUGUUCCGCAAGACCGUGACGGCAGUGUCCUCCUUGCUGAAAGGAAGACAAGGCGUUUACACGGAGAAGGAGCGACGCCUGGCGGCCAGGAUCGAGACCCGGUUUUUCAAGAUGAUGCUGGUUUUCGUCGUUUGCUGGCUGUCCAACAUCAUCAACGAAAGCCUUUUGUUCUACCUGGAGAUGCAGGCAGACAUCCACGGAGCCUCCUUGAAAUACGUCAGAAACGCGGCAAAGACCACGUGGUUUAUAAUGAGCAUGCUGAACCCCGCCCAGGGCUUCCUCCUGUCUCUGGCCUUCUACGGCUGGACCGGCUGCAGCCUGCCCCUGCGCUCUCCCAGGAGCGAGGUCCAGUGGGAGCCCAUGAUGCCCUCGACCGCGGAGCGGGCCUUCCCCACCCACCAGCACCCCUGCGCGCCCUGCAGCGACAGUGCCACUCCCUGGAAGCUGGUGCGUGUCAACGGGCACACUUCUGACGAGGCCCUGAGCAUGCUGUCUGCAGGUUCCGAUGCCAGCACAAUUGAAAUCCAUAUUGCCAGUGGAUCCCGCAACGUGAAUGAGGCCGAAUCCGUUCCCCAGAUCCAGGGAGACCUGUGAGAGGGGUGUGGCCUGCAAGAGGGGGCCAACCCCGUGUCCUCCAGUCUACAUUUUGUAUGCUUCAGAAUUGUGUCCUCACUUUCCCAUCUUUGCUCUCUCGGCACGAAGUUAGAGCAUCUCCCCAAGGAUCCUCUUUGUGAUGAGAAAUGACCCAGGAGCGCGCACUUGGGAAUGCGAGAAUUCCUUCUAGACCAGUGAUUUCCAACUGGUGGUGUGCCACGAUAAUUUUUUUAGCACAUGCAAUACUUGACUCUUCAGCAAGGGGCACUGACCCCUUUUCCCUUAGACUGUUAAAAAAGAAAGAAAAAAGAAAACAGCCAACACAAUAGCUAUCUAGU